GUUGCUGUCUGUUUAAACUCUCUGGCUCCUCCCAUCACGACUGGUGAGAGAGGGAGAGACAGAGGGAGAGAAAGAGAGCGAGAGUCGUUUCUGGCAGCCACCUGAGCCACUCGAUAAACUCCUGCUCCUAGCAACCCACAUCCGCCAGUGAGUGAGGGGGCGAGAGGAAGGGAUGGAGAGAGAGUGUCGAGUGAGAGACAGAUAGAAAGAGAGAGAGAGAGUGAGAGAGAGUGAGAGAGAGAGGAUGAUUGUGUGUGUAUGUAUGUGUGUGUGAGCUACAGGGCUCACACAUUAAGGCAGAGGGUACAUCUCUUCUUCAGACCCAGGCUGUCGUCACGGAUAAGGGGAGGCGUCGCCGUAGAGACGGAGGCAGCAGCGGCAGCCUCAACACCCUGGAUCAGCCUUCACCGCAGCAACGCAAGCUUCCUCGAGGACGGGAUUCCCAGGGUUCUAAUCUUGUUCAUCUUCUUCAUCUUCAUGUGCCUUGUCUUCUUCUUCCUCUUCUCCUCUUGCUGAUGGAUGGAAUUCUCCUGCUGGCUGGAAAGACAGAGAGGUGCCAUGUGACGAGUGAAUGGUCCUCUCCUCUUAAUCACCCUCGGGGAGCAGAUAUGGGAUUUACCUCCUCUGGCCACUUCUGAAAGAAAAAAAAAAAGGGAAAAAAAGAACAGAAAAAGAACAGCAUUUCCCCCGAGGGAAACAGUUUCCACGUGGACUGGAUGUCAUUCACUUUUAGAUGGAAUUGAAUUGACAACAACAAUUUUAAGUGUUUUCUAAAGAAUUUUGGAAAUCCAGUUCCAUCACCAUGAGGAGAGGCUUUAGAAAAGAUCAAGGAUCAAGGAUAUGCUAACGAUGCUCAAGGCUGGAGUGGGAUUCACAUGUCAUUGUCCAAAAAGUCUUCAUCAUACUCAGAGGGCUCCCACUGUACAUACAUCAACCUCAGAGGGCUCCCAUUAUUCCAUGUACCUGGAUCAAACCUUUCAGCACUUUCUCGGAUUUAAGACAUUUUAAAUGACUCCUACGUUCUCCUCUCUACUGUCCUCUUCCUCCGGAGCUCUUGGACAUCCCACAGUGCUGUGCAGGAGGAGGCUUGCGCACAGGCCCCACCAGCUUUCCUGGUUCUGCGGGUGUUUUUAAGAUGUUGGAGCCUGCCUGCGUGGCCCGAGCCCGAGAUCGGAUCAGUGAUCGGAUCAGUAGCACUGCGGCUCCUGGUGGCCCCAGACAUGGGCCGCGGCUCGGCCUGCCCCCGCGCUCAGCCCUCCGCCCACCCACCCCUGCUCCGUCUGUGAAGGAUGUCCAAGAGUCGAGCUCCUGCCCAGGAACCCUCUGAGAUCCCCAGCCAGAGAGAGCGCAUCCGCAGCCACAUGAAGAUGGUGAUAGAGCAGCUGGAAGGCAUUCUCAUAGAGCUCAAAGAUGUGGCCAAAGAGCUGCGGGAGGUGGUGGGUCAGAUUGACAAGCUCACAGCGGACUUUGACUUCGACCCAGAGCCAGAUGAAUGGACAGUGGCAACAGCGAGCAGCACAUCGAGUAGUGAACGUGGCCUCACUGAGGCCUUCAGGCUCGACUUCCUCAGCCACGAUGUGCUUUCCGACGCCUGGGAUUUCUGCGGCUAUCGUAAAAUGGCUCGGGAAGAAGAUGAGUUGCUGGAAGAGGAAGAGCCGGGGAGCUCUGCCUCGGCCACACCUACACCCAUGGUCAACACAUAUUCGCAGAUGAACGGUGGUCUCCCAAUCCCCAACGGACCUCUGAUGGUCACUCCGGACUCUUCCAGCGAGGAGGCAUCAAGUUCCACGCACAGUCAGAAAACAUCACGCACCUCCGGGACGAGAGAACGGGUUCGCUUCAGCGACAAGGUCCUCUACCAUGCACUUUGCUGUGAUGAUGACGAUGAAGAUGAACCAGAGGAGGAGGAAGGAGGAGAGGAUGAAGAUAAAGUGGACUGCGGGAUGCCAGACACAGACAGCGAGCCAAGCCCUCUGGCUUCUUCGCCUAUCCCUCCUCUCUCAUCCUCCAAGUGCUCAACCACUCUUCACAAAUGGCGGGAAACCUCUUCGGCGGGACCAUCGCCCGUUAAGAUGGCCAUGCUCGGGCCACACACGCUGCCUAGGAAGGGUCCAUUAAAAGCAGGCAGCAGGAAAAAACUGCUGCGCAACAGCAGCACUCAGACAGUAUCAGACAAAAGCACGCAAACAGUAUUGCCAUACAUCCCAGCGAAACAGAAAAGCAAAGAGCCCUAAGGAGAACUUAAACAGAAAAAGCAAAGCAAACUGAAAGAAUACUAGAGUGACCCUAUACUAUUUAAUAUCAAAUACAUAGAUACUAGAUUAAGACACAAAUUAAUAAAUGAAUUACUAAAUAAAUAAAUAAUAUAUGGGAAAACAGUCUGACUUUGAAGUCAUUCUACAGCUCAGGAAGUAAGCAAUGGUCCAAUUUUAAAACAUAGUGCACACUUUUGUGGAAAGAAUCUCAUGUUUUGAUUCAAUAAUCUUCAUAUACCUAUAAAGGUCCUCUACUACUAUGCCUGCUAUGCAUCAUGAAUAAUUGCGAGUCAUGCUUAAACGCCAUAUUCAGAGUUGGGUUCUGCAU